UGUUUUUAUAAUUAUAAUAAAAAAGAUUCAGUUUUCCUGGUUCAGCACACCCUCCUCAAUCUCCUCCUCUUGUUCUUUCUCUUUUAGUUUUUUAAUUAUAAUAAAAAGAUUCAGUUUUGUGUGUUGUUGCUGGUACCCAUUAGCAUUUUCUGUUCUGGGUCAAUGCGCUCAUCUUCUCUGCAAAUUAGGGUUUCAAUCCGUGCUCUGGAGUGAUCGAUUUUAGGUAUUUGUUGGAAAGUAAUGUAGCUGGAGAGGGUUAUGUUUGUUCUGAAUAAGAAAAAGGUUUCAGCUUCAUUGUGGAGGGUGUUAGAAAUUUUGUAAAUUUUGUACCUUUUUUAUUUGCCCCUUAUUCUGGAUUUGUUCCAUAUUCCCCUCUCACGGCUAAUAGGACGAGUAGAUUGGAAAAUCUCGCUGGAUUUGAGUGGAUCCUUCGAUAAAGCUGGGAAAUUUUGACCUGGUGGACGUAGAAAGCCUUGAGUUAGGUUUUGGAAAGGGUUUUGUUUUGAGUGAAUGGCGAAAGCGGGGUUCUAUCGACGCCUUCUCCCUUCUCCCCCCGCAGUAGAAUUCGCAUCCUCAAAAGGAAAGCAACUUUUCUUGGAAGCCAUUCAGAAUGGAACCAUGCAAGGCUUCUUCAAGUUGAUUUCCUAUUACCAAACACAGUCUGAACUCGCCUUCUGCGGCCUCACUACCUUGUCCAUGGUUCUCAAUGCCCUUGCCAUUGAUCCUGGUAGGAAAUGGAAAGGGCUGCUGUCUAUUUUUAUUCUCCAAUAUGUAGGGCCUUGGAGAUGGUUUGAUGAAUCAAUGUUGGGUUGUUGGGAACCUUUAGAGACGGCCAAAGUUAAAGGCAUCAGUUUUAGAAAACUUGUGUGUUUGGCUCAUUGUGCUGGGGCAAAAGUUGAAGCCUUUCGUGCAAGUAGUAGCACUAUUGAAGAAUUUCGUAAGUAUGUCAUUGAGUGUUCACGUUCUGAGGAUUGUCAUGUCAUCGCAUCAUACCACAGAGCCGCUAUCAAACAAACCGGAGGUGGUCACUUUUCUCCUAUUGGAGGAUAUCACCCUGAAAAGGAUAUGGUACUUAUUUUGGAUGUUGCACGUUUUAAGUAUCCUCCCCAUUGGGUCCCACUUGAAGUUCUCUGGGAGGGCAUGAAUUAUGUUGUUGACACUACUAGACUAACUAGGGGGUUCAUGCUUAUAUCAAGGCCUCAUAGGGAACUUUAUACUCUGAGCUGCAAACACAGAAAUUGGUUUAAAAUUGUAAAGUUUCUGCUAGACGAUAUUCCAAUUCUAUUAAAAUCAGAGGAUAUGAAAGACAUUCAUCAGAUUCUUUCAAUAAUAGUCACAUCACUUCCAUCUAAUUUUGAAGAAUUCAUCAAAUGGGUCGUAGAGAUCAGGAGACAAGAGGAUGGUGGUCCAAGUGAAGAGGUAUUGAAACAGUUACAGGGGACUGAGCUUUUCAAAUAUGUAAAUUCGUAUUUGUCAAAUUCUUACAACAGACAAACAACAGCUUCAGUUAAUGGAAACACGUUACCUGCAAGUGUUUGUUGUCAAGGACCAAAAAUUUUAGGUGGGAAACCAGACUCGUCAGUAGGUUAUUGCUGCCGAGAAACACAUAUGAGAAGCUUAAAAGCUGAAGAUGACAAGCCAAUAACAACGGUUUCUGGGACUGUAGUAGAUGGUAACUCCGAGCAUGGGGUUGAUGUGUUGAUUUCUUCAUCAUCUGGGAAAUUACGCUACAGUUGCUCUAAUCCAAAUAAGAACAUUAGCAUGCACCCUGCCGGCACUGAUGUUCUAACCGUGCUUCUACUGUCCUUACCAUCUACAACAUGGGACGGCAUCAUAGAUGAGCAACUUUUGGCCAAAAUACGUGAUCUGGUUCCAAUUGAUAAUCUUCCUACUUUGCUUCAGGAAGAGGUUUUGCACUUGAGACGACAGUUACACCUUCUCAAGAGAUGCCAAGAAGGUAAAGUGGAUAAGGAUCUUGGUGCGCGUUUCUCUUAGCAUCCCCUCAUUUUUUAUCGUUCAUUCUCAAGGCUAAGCCAUUGAGCCAGGGUCUUUUGACAACGGAAACAUAUUAUAGAGCCUGGAAUACGUCCAUUGACCUUGUGUCUUGACAACCGAAGUUUUUUCUUCUUCUUUUCUACCUUUAAUUCAGUGCCUCCUCUGCUAAUUACAUUAUUUUUUCUAGUUUAUACUUGAUCCACUUUUGGUGAUGGUAUGAAGUUUUCGAUUAAAUUCUUGUACUUUUUAAAUAUUAUUUAGUUCUUAUAUGAUUAUGACAUUUAUUAAA